AUGACUCAUAACACAGAAAGCAAUCCUUCAAAGUGUGAAAAAUGUUUUUGUUUUAAUGGGAUUUUAGACUGUCAAAAUGAGAGUUGUCCUCAGCUGCGAUGUACAGCGGGACAAGCUAUUCAUCACACUCAGGAAGAUUGCUGUCCAAAAUGUAUAUCUGUUGGUAGACCUUGUAACUAUGGUGGCACAAGUUACACUGAUGGAAGUGAAUGGAGUCCUGUCUCGUGUACAAGAUGUCGGUGUAAGGAUGGUAGCGUGCAGUGUUCUGUAGCAGACUGUCCACCAUUAAUUUGCAAUCAGCAUGAACAAGUGGUUGUAAAACCUGAAAAAUGUUGUCCAGAGUGUGUCGGACCAUCAUGUUCAGAUGGUGGACAAACAUAUGAGGAUGGUAGUCAGUGGAAAAGGGAUCCGUGCACUCAUUGUAAAUGUAAAGGUGGAGAUAUUGAAUGUACAGUGGAACAUUGUCAAGAUGGGAUAGCUUGCAAGUCUGGCCAACAAUGGAUAACCAGAUCUGAUUCAUGCUGCGCUGAAUGUCUCUCAACCCAAGCAUCAUGUGAUUUUGGUGGGAAGACAUGGUACAAUGGUGAUAUGUGGAACUCAUCUGCCUGUGAAUAUUGCAUGUGUAAUGACGGGAUAGUGACGUGUCUCACUGCUGAGUGUCAGAAAAUAAUGUGCAAAGAGGGUGAAGUUGUUGUAAAAAGAGAUGGUAACUGUUGUCCUCAGUGUACAGUACCAUCAGGAUAUUGUAUAUACCAAGGAAGGACUUACAGGAAUGAUGAUGAUUGGGAGCCCGAUGUGUGUCUGUCUUGUCACUGUAAUGCGGGUGAUGUCAGUUGUUUCAGGAGAUCAUGCCCUCCAUGUCCACAAGGCAUGGUUGCUCAGCAAUUCAAAGGAGAAUGCUGUCCUGAUUGUACACCAGUCACUUGUAGUAAUGAUUGUAUUGGUUGCGACAUUAGAGGUUGUCUACAGUGUAAAGAUGGGAGUAAGUUAUUACAAGACGGUCGAUGUGUUGACAGAUGCCAGCCAGGUUAUUUUCAAUCUGAACAUAAGCUAUGCCAUGCUUGCCAUCCUUCUUGUGCUGAAUGCUCAGACGGCACUGAGUAUCAUUGCAUAACAUGUGCUGAUGGACAUAUGUUGAAAUAUGGACAAUGUGUUGUAGAGUGUGGACCUGGCUACUUCAAACGGGGAAGUUCAUGCUUUGAGUGUCACGCAUCAUGUUUAGAUUGCACUGGAGAGAUGAAGUCACAGUGUUUGACAUGUGCUAAUACCACUAAUGUAAUAAGAAGACGGAAAUGUGUUGAAGAAUGCGGUGCCGGGUUUUAUAUCAAAGAUGGAAUCUGUCUUGAAUGUGAUGAUUCCUGCAUGGAAUGUGAAUAUGACAGUCCACGUUGUACAACAUGUCCUUCACAACAAGUCAUACAAGAUGGUGUAUGCGUCCCUGUAUGUGGAGUAGGAUUCUACCAGCUUAAUCCGUCUUACUGUGAAGCUUGUCACCAAUCAUGUCGUACAUGUAUUGAUGGAAGGGAAGAUGGCUGCACAUCAUGCUUGGAUAGUAAUUAUGUAGUACAAGGUCGACCCCCAUACACUGGUGAUUUGCAUGGAAGGUGUCUUUCAGAGUGCCAACAGGGACAAUUCAGUAAUGAACAUGGAAUAUGUCUUGAUUGCCACAGUAGUUGUGAUGGUUGUUCAGGUCCAUCAUCCAGUGAAUGUACUUCCUGUAAUCACCUUGCUACACUGCAGAAUGGUGAAUGCCUAACUCGAUGUGCAGAGUCUGUAUAUCCAACAUCACAGGGACAUUGCAAACCAUGCCAUCCAAGUUGUGCAGCAUGUGUUACAUCAGCUGAUAACACUGGUAGUAUAUGUACACAGUGUCAAGAUAGUACUUAUUUUAUACUUGAUGAUAUUUGUGUGGAUGACUGUGGGAGAGGCUACUUUGUACAUGGUGGAAUCUGUCGAGAGUGUCACAGUUCAUGUGUGACGUGUAUUCAAAGCGGCAGUUCCGGCUGCACCUCUUGUAACCAUGGUGAUGUUUUAUCCCACAGAGGAACGUGUCUACGUAGCUGCUAUGAUGGUUACUAUAGUGAUAAUGGCAUCUGCAGAGAAUGUUCAUCUAACUGUUUGGUGUGUAGCGGACCUUUUGACUGUAUCAUUUGCAGAGAUCCAUUGUAUGUUGUACAGUUUGGAGAAUGUGUUAGUCAGUGUGCUCAACAGUUUUAUGCUGACCCACUCACUAGGGAAUGCAAAGAAUGUGAUUGGAGUUGUAAUUCAUGUGUUGGCCCAACAUCGUUUGACUGCAUACACUGUAUGGAUGGUGUCUUAUUACAGAAUGGUUCAUGUGUGGCAGAUUGUACACCAGGACACUAUCAACUUGAUCAGCAGUGUAGAGCCUGUGAUAGUAAGUGUCUAUCUUGUAAUGGUCCAAUGUCAUGUACAGAAUGCUUUUCACCGUUAUUGCUACUUGGUACACAGUGUGUUGAAGACUGUGGACCAGCUAUGUACAAGAACCAUGCCAGCCAUCAGUGUAUAUCUUGUCCAGAUUUUUGCAUAGAGUGUUCAAGUUCUAUAAGAUGUGUCACGUGUAUGGCUGGUAGCUUCCUGAGAAACUGGGUCUGUUUGACACAUUGCGGCGAUGGUUUCUAUGAGAAUACGGAAACAAGCUCAUGUGAAGUUAACAUCUACCCACCUGACCUGUAUGUAAAUGGUACACUGACCAGUCCUAUUGGUGGCUCAGUUUUACUGGAUUCCUCUUUUUUGUCAGCAUAUGAUACUGACACUGCUUACUUGGAUCUCUUCUUCUAUGUCGAUUCUCAGCCAACGAAUGGAGACUUAAUCAAAAAUGUGCUCGGUGAAGAUAAAAAGAUGCAACGUGGAGAUACAUUCACGUUUGAGGAACUAAUACAAGGUAACAUACGAUAUAAGCAUGAUAAAUCAUUGCCGCUGACAGGAACUAUGAGUUUACGGGUCAAUGAUCGACAGUAUGAUUCUCCUCCACGAAAUGUUGAUAUUGUCGCUAUUUCAAAUUCGCCACCAUCGGUACAGUACAACCAGCCGCUGGUUGUUAGCGAAAGCAGCAUGGCUGAAAUCACACAGCGGAACAUACGCAUACAGGAUCAAGACAACCCGGAAUCUGUAAUUCUCACGGUACUGGAAGGGCCCAAUCACGGGUCACUGAUUCGUUUUCCCGGAAGAACGCAAGUGACAUCCUUCGAUUUGAAUGAUCUACAGAGAGGUUUGUUGAGAUACGUUCACGAUGGAAGUGAAACACAACAUGAUGUCUUAGUUAUACAAGUAUCUGAUGGGAACAACGUCAUUAAUUUCAUGUUUGAAAUUCACAUUCAGCCUCAAGAUAACAAAGGUCCAAUUUUAGUGAAUAAUGUGCAGGCUAGAGUAGAAGAUGGUGGGUCAACUCAGAUCACUAGUAAUCUGUUAUCAGCGACGGAUGUUGAUUCAACCGAUGAUGACUUAGUUUACCAACUUACACCACCAGAAAAUAAUCCAAAACAUGGUGAUUUAAUGAUGGUGUUGCCUGUUCCAUCCACUGGUGUUGAAAACGGUUGGAUUGAUAAAGGAAAUGGUGUAAUGGAGACUAAAGCUGCUAUCUUCCGUCAAAAGGAUGUGAAUGACGGCCAUUUAUGGUACAAACAUCAAAAUGACGAAGCAAAGAGUGACUAUUUCAUGUUUGAGAUAUCUGAUGGUGGAAAUCCACCUAAUGUAUUAAGUGAUCAAGCUUUCAAUAUUGCUAUUAUGCCACGUGAUGAUGAGCCACCCCAGUUAGCAGCUGGAGUACCACUUCCUCUUGGAGCAACCGUUUUUGAAGGUGAAUUGAUUCCCCUUGGACACAACCACCUUGCCUUCUAUGAUCCAGACAGUCCUGACUCUGAUCUACUGUAUGAUAUCACAACACCACUGCGUUCGGAGCAAGGAAGCAUCGAACACAUAGAUAGACCGCACCUACCUGUUACGCAAUUCACACAAGCCGAUGUCAACGCACAAAAAAUUGUCUACAGACCGCCUGACUUUGAUGUGGGACAAAAACAAGUCGAGUUUACAUUUUAUUUCACUGUUUCUGACAGCUCAGGGAAUGUUUUAUCUCCACAACCAUUUACAAUUCGCCUCAUUCCAACCAACACUGCCGCACCAAUAUUCGCAAACAGACAUCCCAUUGCUACAGUCAGUCAAGGUGGUACCACAGCCAUUGGUGAAGAACACUUGUUGGUCACUGAUCUUGACACACGAUUGGCUGAUUUGACAUAUACGUUAUCUAGAGCACCAUAUACUGGAGAGUUUAUUAAAACUGACAGUUUCACACAUGCUGAAGUUACGAGCAAUACUUUUUACUACGUCCAUGAUGGCUCUGAUAUCUUACAAGAUGAGUUCGAAAUCAGUGUAAGUGAUGGCACGCACAUCGAUACGGCAACGCUUACGAUGGUUGUAUUACCCGUUGAUAAGAGUUCACCUGUAUUAAUGGAUGACUCCCUCCUGGCGUUGCUUGUACCAGAAGUUAGUACAGCUACCGUGACCAGAGAUCACCUUGCAUUUAUUGAUGAUGAGAGUCCAGAUGAUGAGGUGAUACUAACAUUGCUGUCAACUCCACGUAAUGGUAGAUUACAGAUACGUGUGUCUGAUAAAUACGAAGAUCUUGUCUCUGGAUCGGCUUUCACACAGGCUGAUAUUAAUAACUAUGAUGUCAGAUACCAGAGUGAAGGAGAGAUUGGUAGUCGGCCAUCAACUGACAGAAUUUUUAUGAAUGUUAGUGACAGUAAUGGGAAUAUACUACCCAAUCAAGUAUUGAGUGUUACUAUCACACCUGUAAACAACCAGCCACCAGUUGUGACGGUUGGUGAUGGUUUAUUGGUUGAAGAAGGUGGUGAUGUCUUGAUUUCAUCUCAAGAUCUCCUAGCAACAGAUGUGGAUACUCCUCUGACUGAAUUAUUAGUUGUCAUGGACACCGGACCAAGUUUUGGUUACAUUGAGAAUGCAAGACAAGAGUAUGGUUCAGAAAAGACACCAGGUGGGGUAGCACAACAUGUGUUCACUAUACAGGAUGUUAUUGACAAUGUGCUGUACUACGUACAGGAUGUACAUACCAAUAUAGAACCAGUUUGGGAUGGAUUCUUGUUUCAUGUCUCUGAUGGUGUCAACCAGUCACCAACGUACAGAUUCAAUAUUAGUAUUCAGCUUAUAAACGAUGAAGAACCUAUGAUAUUAACAGAGCAGUUAUACUGCCCUGAAGGUGAAGGCGUUGUCGUUAGUAAUGUUUCAUUAUAUGUGAGUGAUAUGGACACUAGCGUAGAAGACUUGUUGUUUACUGUAAUAAAGACACCCUCACAUGGUGAGCUCAGACGGCGAGAGUUUAUUGAAGAUCCUAUUAUCACAGGGCGUGCAUUGGGAGCGGGUGCCUCAUUUACAUACGAGGAUAUCCUUGAUGAAUUAGUGGUGUACAUUCAUGAUGAUAGUGACAUCCAAAGAGAUUCUUUUGAAGUGUCGUUAACCGACGGUGCGCAUGUUACUUCUGAUACAAUCAACGUAGUUAUAGGACUUGUGAAUGAUGAGACUCCUAGAAUGGCAAUCAAUAGAGGGUUACAGAUUAGACUUGGUGAGACCACAUCGUUAACUGAGGACAUUUUAUUGGCUUCUGAUGUUGAUUCUGCUGACACUCAGUUGGUAUAUACACUAACAAGACUUCCUGAUGCUGGUGAAAUACAAUAUUUUGAACCAAAGUCUGGAUAUAUACCAUACACAAUAACUGGUCCAUCUAGUAGCUGGACUCAAGAAGAUAUAAAUAAUGGACGAGUCCGAUAUGUCCAUCGUGAUACUGAUCCAGCUGGUACACUGUUGUUUAAGUUCACAUUGUCUGACCCUGAGGGCAAUCGGUUAAUUGACCAGUCUUUUAUCAUUACCAUAUUAGAGGACCAUAUCCCACCCCAGGUUUUAGCAAACAAUGGUUUAGUCCUAGAUGAAGGUAGCAGCAAGAAGAUCACCACUAGUCUCCUUUCAUCUACUGAUGUUGACAGUAACCCUGCCGAUCUGCUGUACUACAUCAGCACCGUUCCAUCACUUGGACAUUUGGAGUACAUUUCACAGCCUGGCUUACCGAUUACUCAGUUUACACAGGGAGACCUAGCUGCCAAGACAAUCAGAUAUGUACAUACCAGUACAGAGGAAGACUAUAUGGACACUUUUACAUUUAGUGUGGAUGACGGCACUAAUCAGGUGACACAGACGUUCUACAUCACAAUUGUACCUGUUGACGAUUCCUUACCUCAGCUGACAAAUUUUGGCAUGACCGUACAAGAAGGUGUACGAAAGAUGAUUACUGAGUUUGAAUUAAAAGCAACUGAUGCGGAUACCAAGGAGAACUACGUCAUCUUUACAAUUGUACAACCGCCACUACGUGGUCAGAUACAGUACACGAUGAAUGGAUUACAUCAUAGCACUGUUAGCACGUUCUCUAUGGAGGACGUUUACGAGAAUCGUAUUAGUUAUAUACAUGAUGGUAGCAAUACGUUACAGGACAGCUUUGUAUUCAGUGUGACUGAUGGCACAAACCCACGUUUCAUGGUACACGACGGAGAAAUGUUAGCAAUGACUACUGCGCUUUAAAUGACCCAGUACCUGAUCAAAGUUUGUUUUCUACAGUUGUUUAGUAUAUCUGUGUUACCAGUUGAUGAUGGUACACCACGAUUGGUGACUAAUCUUGGAAUCCAGUAUCUAGAAUACACAGAUGACAAAGCAUUGGCUCCUAUUACACAACAUCAGCUACGUACAAUUGAUAUGGACACAGAGGAUGAUCAGAUACUCUACACACUGACGACACCACCUCAGUUUGGUUUCCUUGAAUCCACUUUAGUACCAUCAAUACCUAUCUCAUCAUUUACUCAAGAGGAUCUCAACAAUGGUAUCAUACGCUACAUGCUUUACAAUGAAGUUGCAGACGUAACUGAUGACAGCUUUGUUUUUGAUAUCGCUGAUAGUAAACCGAACAUUGUCUCAGACAAUGUGUUUCGUAUUCGCUGGUCUCGUAUUAGUUUUGAGUAUGAUCAUUACAACGUGAGUGAAACUGCUGGUCUCGUACAGGUGACUGUGAAGAGAACCGGCAAUCUGAACCAGUAUGCUAUUGUUCUGUGUAGAACUGAGCAGGGCUCUGCCACCUCAGAGGGCGUUGGCUCUCUACCAGGCAAGCAUGACUACGUAGAGCAAGCUGGACAGGUUCAGUUUGAAGAAAGGGAAGACACAAAAUACUGCAAUGUUAUAAUCAAUGAUGAUACUGUGUUCGAAGGCACUGAAAUGUUCAAAGUUGAACUGAGUAUGCCAGCGUAUGCUUUGCUAGGGAAACCACAUCAAGCAACAGUGACCAUAUUGGAUGAAGAAGAUCAGCCCAGUAUUCAGUUUGAAGAAAGUGUGUUUCAUGUAAAUGAAAGUUCUGGUUAUUUGUUUGCUCCAAUGCUGAGAAAAGGUGACACUAGUUCUGCUGUGUCUGCUGUAUGUUUUACUAUUCCCAGAACUGCAUCUGGUAGCAGUCUAGAAGGUUUGGAGUCUGGUUCAGAUUUCAAAACAAGGGGUAUGACUGAUGAGUACAGAGUGGUAUUCCCACCGAACGUUAAUAAAGCCACGUGUGAUAUUAAGUUGAUCGAUGAUACUAUGUUUGAGGAAGAAGAGGAGUUUGAGAUUUCUUUGGCUGAUCCAUCUAUGAUGACAAAUCUAGGUACAUUGAACAAGGCAAUUGUCAAAAUAAAUGGACCAAAUGAUGAGUCUUACAUAUUCUUGUCACAACCUGUGUACUAUUUUGGUGAGAAUGAAAAAACAGUUGAAAUUGAAGUAUUACGGCAAGGCAGUGAUCUGUCGCACAGUUCAAUGGUGUGGUGUGGAACCCGAGCAUCAAAUCCGCUGUCUGCUCUCCCAGGUGAUGAUUUCAUUCCUGGCUCAAGUCAGAUUACAUUUGGACCACAACAAACAUUAGAGACAUGUAGUUUCACCAUCCUUGAUGACACUGCAAAUCCACAUAUUGAAGGCAAUGAGACAUUUAUUGUGUAUCUAAGUGCUGCUAUGGGAGCCACUGUGGCUGAACCGUAUAAAGCCACUGUCGUCAUCAAUGAUACAGACAAUGACCUUCCUUGUAUGCAGUUUGCUGUGGAUGAAGUCAUUGUGAAGGAGAGUGAUGGUAUUGUGCAUAUCCCUGUCGUCCGUACUGGUGAUAUAUCAUUUCAGUCUUCUGUUCGUUGUUAUACCCGACAACGAUCAGCUCAGGUCAUGAUGGACUUUGAUGAAAGGAGAAAUACCGAUGAAUUUAGAGUUGUGUUUCUACCAGGAGAAAAAGUUAAGAAUUGUUCAGUGUUGAUUGUUGAGGAUGAUGUUUAUGAAGAAGAGGAGCAGUUUUUGGUUAGGUUAGGGGAUCCACUUGGCAAUGACUAUUGUGAUGCCAAAGUAGGUACCCCUAGUGAAGCUAAAAUCACUAUUACCAAUACUGAAGAUGCACCUACCAUACAGAUUGAGAGAAUGGCCUACACUGUAUAUGAACCAACCAGGGCAGAUGAUGUAUCACUGGUAAAUGUGGUUAUUGUGAGAACUGGGGAUCAUAACGGCACAUCAAAAGUCAGGUGUAGUACACGAGAUGGAUCCGCUAAGUCUGGAAUUGAUUAUAAUCCCAAAUCAAGAUUAUUGAAAAUGCAGCCAGGUGUGAAGAAACUUGACUUUAAUGUAGAAAUACUAUUCAAUAAGGAUGUGGAAUGGCAUGAGACAUUUAAUGUGGUCUUAGGACCCGAUGAACCUGUCAAUGCUCUAUUGGGAUCUAUCUCCAUAGCAACCAUUACUAUUUUGGACCAGGAAGCUGCUGGAAGUCUAGUAUUACCAGCUCCCCCAUUGGUUGUGUCACUAAUGCAGUAUGAUGAUGUAGAAACUGGUUGUCUUGACAACCCCUCACCUGGAUAUCCUCUUAUCUGUGUCACGCCAUGUGAUCCUCAUUAUCCAUCGUAUUCAAUGACUGGUGAUCUUUGCACCGAGUCUGGCAUCAAUUCCUCUACUAUACAUUACGGCUGGGAAAUCGCUGCACCGACUGACUUAGAUGGGUCAAGACCACCAUUUGUCACCAUCACAGACAACACUCUGUUUACAAGUGUUGACCACCGUGUAUUAGAUAGUAUUUAUUUCAGCCGUAGAAGUCACGUCCGAUGUGUAGCCCAGCCUGUAGACAAUGAUGGGAAUUUGGGGGUUCCACUCAGAAGUAAUAUUGUGACAAUUGCAACUGAUUUUGGAAUCUGCCACACUCCGAUUGUUGCUGGUAUAUCUCAGGAUUUUCAAGCACAGUCAUUCAUUGCUACCUUGGAGUACGUCGACAGCAAAGACAAAACACAUCCUAAUACCAUCCACGUUUCUGUACAAGUGCCACAUCAAGAUGGCAUGCUUCCUUUACUGUCUACGUUACCUUUGCACAACAUACGCUUUUUACUCACAGAACCCAUCUACCGACAGCAGCACAUAUGCUCGAACAUCAUAACUGGCGCCAAAGAUAAAAUUCUUCCAGAAAAUGGGUUCCUCGAAACUGUCAAUUACAAAAACAUGAUACUGGGACCAGGUUAUGAUUAUCCUUACCAGUUUGAUCCCAGUGUGAGGGAGGACAAGUCGUUACUUUUAUAUCAACAUCUUGAUUUGAAAACUUGCACAUGGACAUUUGAUUCCUGGUAUCACAUGACCGAUCUGAUUGAUUUGUGUGGGGGCGCUGUUACAACUGAUUUCCAAAUUAAAAGAGGUGAUCAGAGCUAUUUGACAGUCACUGUGCCUCUCUAUGCUGCAUAUAUCUAUUCAACUGUUCCCACUGGUUGGGCAUCUUUGGAUCACAGAACAGAAAUGGAAUUCUCAUUUUUCUAUAGUACUGUGUUAUGGAGAACAGGGCUAGAAACAGAGGGUGAUCUGAAUGGAAAACUACAAGUCAUACAUAUAAGGAUUGAUAAUGAUGGUAGACUUGUUAUUGACUUUAAAACAGAAGCCAAAUUUCGAGGUUUAUUUGUGCUAGAUCACCAUACUCUUCCUGGUAUGCAGUCAAGAAUUGUCCCACCAGCUAGACUUGGGGUCAAUUUUGAUCUGGAUUUACUUUGGAGUGAGCAGACAUUUGAUGGGCCUCAUCAGUUAUGGAGAGCAACAAGUAACUACAAUCUAAAGGAUUACUCUGGUGACUAUGCCAUGGAACUCAUACCAUGCACUGUCACGUCAACUCAGUCUUACGGCGUAAUGCCAGGUAUGCCUGUAGUAUGUACAGGUCAUAUGCCACACAGGUUUGUAGUGCCAAUAGCCUUCCAGCAGACCAAUCGACCAGUACCUGUAGUGUAUUCAUUGAAUACGCAGUUCCAUUUGAUGAACAAUGAAAAGAUAUUCCUGAUGAAUCCAGGUAAUAGUAUGAUCGCCUUAUCUGAAAUGGACUACAAAGGAUCCUUUGCUAAAGGUCAAACUUUAUAUGGGCGUGUAUUAUGGAAUCCAGAUCAAGAUUUGGACACAGCAUAUAAACUACGAAUUGAGAAAAUGUAUUUAUGUACAGGUAGUGAUGGUUAUGUGCCGACAUAUGACCCUACUGGUGCUCUGUAUGGGGAAGGUCCUCAGUAUGGAUGUAUACAGCCAAAUAAGUAUCUUAAACAUAGAUUUCUUGUAUUGGAUCGAGGUGCUCCAGAAGCAGCCCAGAAGUCAUUUAAUGAAGUGCCAUUUGAAGCUCAAUUUGCAACAGAAAACCCAAAUUUUAAGAGAUUAAAUGAUAUGCCUGGAGCAGAUGGAUUUACCAUGAAAGUAGACGCUUUAUACAAGAUUGACUCAGGGCAUCAGUGGUACCUCCAGGUGUUAUAUGUAAUUGGCUCAUCCGACUCACUUCCACGCUAUCAUCGCUCUGCAUUGCUGAACACUGCCAUCAAAAAACGUGAAAUUGUUGACGUUAAUGGUAAUUUGAUUGAUGAGAGUAUUGUAUUUGGAACUUCAUAUAAUAGCGAUGGACACAACGGAACUAAUAUGCGGGUAUUACGAUUAAACGACACUACUGUCGACUCUGACGAACUCAGCCAAGUUGUUAUAGUUAGUUCAGCUCUCAUUGGUGUUGUGCUAAUCAUAGUUAUUGCUGUCAUCGUAGUUGUUAUAAUAUGUCGACGACAUCAUUACACAAAGACUGAUACUAUACAUCAGCCAAGUAACAGAGAUGCUGCAAUGGAAUUGGACAAUGCAAAACUUGCAAAGAAAUGUGAAGAUGAUUUAGGCAAAGAUUUCAGAAAAACUGUCUCCUUCAGUAAUAUUAAUAUUCAAAAGCAUGACAAUUUACAUACAGGACACGCCCGAGUGAAAAAAACCAACUUGGAUAUAGACAUGAGGAACAACCUUAAAGGCGAACCGGGGACGGAAGUUUGA